AUGGUUACUAUCGAACGCAAAGUCCCGGUUGCAUCCCUCGCUGCCUCAGCUACUGCAGCGGAAACCCCCCAUAGCGAGCCUGAAGCCGAGGCAAGACAACCAGGAUGGCCUGCCUCGCAGGAAUGCUAUGAAUCUCAGUUCCAAGUAUCCAUAGACCCUUUGACAGGGGGUGGAAAUUAUCGAGAUUCCCAAUUGCACGAUUACCAAUUGCAGCUGCUUCGGCUGGAGCAGCAGAACAAGAUGCGGCUCCGGUUGGCAAGAGAUGAGCAACAAUCCCUAGUGAAGCCCUGCCAGUCCACGCCUUAUCAAUUGCAGCUGCUCGAGGUAGAGGCGGGGAACAAGAAGCGGCUCCGGUUGGCAAGAGAAGAGCAACAAUCCCUAGUGAAGCCCUGCCAGCCCACGCCUUAUCAAUUGCUGCUGCUCGAGGUAGAGGCGGGGAACAAGAAGCGGCUCCGGUUGGCAAGAGAAGAGCAACAUUCCCCAUCUCAGACGCUGGAGGAGAAGAACAUUGUCUUGGUACGUGGAACAAACCAGGGGCUUGCCUCUCGCAGGCCACAAGAUCACCUGAUGCUCCCAAUGCAGGAGGGGGACCAGAACAAUAAUUCUCUGCCACGCAAUAUGGCAGAACGGGAGCAAGUUGGCUCGUCAGCCGGUAACCAGAUUCCGGAGCAGAGCAUGAACAGACCAUCUGUGGCUAGAGAGGAGCAUCGUCCUAUUUUCUAUCACCCAGUAACACAACCUGUCGAUAUUCCAAUCAGUGCCAGUCAGUGCCAAUCGCAGUCACGAAGGCCCCAGGAAGGUACUGCUGAGGAAGAUCUCGCUCUAGGCAGUGAUUCCGAUGGCGCCCUGCCUAUCCGCCCAGCUCGUGAAUAA